UGCUAUACUGCCGAGGAAGGGAUCUCAAUAGUAUAGAGUUGACUACAGCAGCUAGACUUCAUGUCAUCUCCCACUAGUAUCACGGCUACCGAAGGCCCCGGCGGACCACCACUUGGAGCUAGCCAGCUCUCCAAGCUUCGUUGGGCAGUGAAGAAUCCACCUUCCGACCCGAAGGUGUCAUUCACAGGCAAGACAGUUCUCGUCACUGGCGCAAACGCCGGUCUUGGUUUCGAAGCCGCCAUCAAAUAUUCUGCUCUCGGGGCCGACAAACUCAUACUUGGUGUGCGAUCGGUUGAGAAGGGAGAGGUAGCAAAGAAACAGAUCUUGGAACGGACGGGCCGCAAGAGCGACACAAUCGAUAUAGUCACGGUUGAUCUCAUCGACUAUGCCUCUGUUCAAGCUUUCGUUCUGGCAUUGGAGGCAAAGACUGACCAUCUCGAUGUCGCAUUACUCUGUGCUGGUCUAGGCAACCCCUCGUACGUUAAGGCUGCGACUGGCUGGGAGAUGGCAAUCCAAGUCAACGUUCUUUCUACUGCCCUCAUGGCGAUUUUGCUACUCCCCCUUCUCCGAAAGACGGCGGCCUCCGGUAGACAGCCUCGUCUGACCUUUGUUGAAAGUGUGGGACACGAGUCUGUUAAGAAGGAAUGGUUCAGUGCAACAGGAAGCCUGUUGAAGGCUUCUAAUCAGGAAGAGGGAUGGGACGCUGCCAAAAGCUACUCGAUGGUCAAGCUGCUCGGCAUGGCUGAUAUGGACCUAGUCGCACGAGCCACUGCUAACAACUCUUCAGGCAUUAUCGUUAAUGCUGUCUGUCCCGGAUUAUGUAAAACUGAUCUGGGUCGAAAUUUUAAUUUGGCAACCAAGGUGUUUAUGGUUCCCUUCCAGGCUGUAUUCGCCCGCACUGCUGAGCAGGGAGCACGAUCGCUUGUGAGUGCUACGGCUCUUGGUCCUGAGAGUCAUGGUAAAUUUUGGAAUCACGAUAUUUUAUACCCCAUGGGUGAUCUUGCUCGAGACGAGGAUUUCAUGAAAACGACCGAGGCAGAGAUACUUGAAGUUAUCGAAAAAUUGCAGCCCAAUGUGCAGCAGAUUCUCAACGGUACACGGUAACUGGGAGUACUAUCUUUCACGCCUCUUUCCGUGGGAGUCCAAGGUUAAAGCUGUACUUAAACACUAGUUUAUGGAUUAUCCGAGGGCUACUCUGGGCAGAUAUUGGACUUUGGAAUUUUUUUGUUUUCUUUUCCAUUGUUUUCACUUCCCUCCCUUGAGAUUGCACCCGAUUUCUAGGAAAAUACAAGGUUCUAGAGCCGCUUCGAAGUGACUGGCUGGUUUGAUAUUUUUGUUCAGCCCAUGAUUACAUUUGUUGGUGUGAUUUUAGCGUUUCUCUGAAUACGGCAUAAUAUUUUC